AUGGCCUUUGCAUCUGCUGGACAGACACACACACUUACUCUCACCCUUGCCCUCCUUCUGGCCGCUGCGCAGGUGACUGGUGCACCUGUGGCCGGAACACUACAUCACACCCUACUAGCGCGCCAAGCUGAAAGCAUUGCUGCCAAGUCUACGAGUAAAGCUGGGCAUCAUUCGCAUUCGCACAAAUUGGCCAGCAAGCACUCCACGACUUCCAGCGCAGACGCACUCACGUCGUCGCUGGACGCACAAGCACCCAUGACAACAACAGCCUCCGUGGUGGCCUUGCCGCAUUCUUCGACGACGCAUUCUACCAUGUCGCGCGCCGCCCAUGUACCGCCGACCAAGCCCCGUACACUCACAUCCGCCCCGAGUCAUCACCUUAGUGCAGGCGCUAUUGCCGGGAUUAUCGUGGCCGUGCUGGCUGUGUGUAUCGUGCUUGCUGUCAUAGGUGCACGGUGGUGGUGCCAGCGACGCAGGAAGUCCACCGGUGAGGUGCCUUCCAAAGAGGCGGAUCCGCAAUGGACCAUGUCGGAGAAGGGCCUGCCAGCGCUGCCGACUAUGCGUCCCCUCAUGUCGACGGUAUCGCGCGGCACUCUCAACCGAUUCCAGUCGUACCAAGAGAAGCCACCACUGCGCCCUAGUCCCGAACCCGCUCAAGGCCCUAUCUACCCUGGCCAUGUGAGCCGUCUGUCAGGCGGUGAUUGGGAUGGCGCAAGUGUGAACUCCAAGCACAUGUCAGCCUAUUCUUUGGACUCGAAGCAUUCUGGCGAUACGCAACAUCUACGUCAAAGCAACCUGCACGAACCCUGCGUAACGCAUGGGGCAGGUGACUGGGUCAUUCAUGCGUACGAAGAGAUGGACGAUGAAGAACACGUCGUUCACCCCUCUUCGGCACGAGAUGCCCGUGUGUAA